AUGUUAACAUCACAACAAGUUUUUUAAUAAUAGUUUGGUAAAUGGACCAAAAUCAUUAUGUCUCAUCAAAACCAAAGAGUUUAAUAAACUUUAUUCAGAAGCUAACAACAAAUAUUAAGAGUUGAUAAAUUAUAUCAAUUUACUCAGUAAUUACACUAUUCUAAUUUUUCAUAACCUUAUCCAUGUUUAAAUGAUCUAAACUUUAUGGAUGAAUAUGCCUAUAGUACUUCGUUUUGUUAUUUAACAUAUGGUAUCAAUCAUUAAAAUGCAAUGUAUAAAAAGCUCAAAGAUCUUUGUAGCAUUUUGACUGAAACAGUUUUAAUGAUUGAUUCUGAUUUCGAUAUCAUGUUUGCAUCAACAUAAGAUGUUCAUUUUUUUACAGUUUGGCCAGGUUCAUAUUUGGGAUUUGAUUAUAAUCCUUAAAAAAGAAUUUGGUACACAAACCAUUUAGAAUAAUUGUCCAAAAAUAAUAAAAAUCUUACUUAUUUUUGUGAACCUCAUAUUCAUUGGACAUGGUAACUUUUAAUGAUUGCUUAAACUAAAAGUUUACUGAAUAUUGAUGGAUCAUUAGAUGGAAUAAUAGCCUCUCAUGUAAAUUUCAGUUAGUUUAAACAUUAUGAUGAUGGACUCAGUUUUACUAUAAUAAAUCCUGAUGGAAGAAUUUUAUUGAGUGAAUUAAAUAUUUCAGAAACUUCUUAUAUCUAUGAUUAUAAUUUAACUCAUUUAGAUUUUUAAGAUUAUUAAUAAAUAAUUAAUUAAGCUAAUAAACGUGAAACAUUUAGUAAUUGUGAUUCAAAUGUUUGGAAUGAUUUUGGCUAUUUAUGUAGAAAAAUAUAAAAUUCAACUGAAGAAUAACUUAUCAAUACAAAAAUUAUGAAAAAUGAAGGCUUGGUCUUAAUUAUGUAAAUUAUUUAAUAUAUGUAAUAUAGAUAGUGUAAAUUAUCAUAAUAUUAGAAAUCAUUUUAAUAAAUGUUUGUAACCUUUUAAAAUGGAAUAUAAUCUAUUUUUUUAGGGACAAUAAUUGGUUCAUUAGGAUACAUGUUCUCAUCUGUCUUAAUUACAAGUAUUGUAAUUAUCAUCUUAUUCAACCCAAUAAUAAGAAUAAUAAAUUAAACUUCUCAAUAUGUAUUUAAGGAAAGUUUUUAUAUGCAGCAUAAAUUAUAAAAAAAACCAUAACUGCAAUUUUUUCAGAAAUCUAAAUCAAAUACCUUGAUGGAAAGAUUAUAGACUUCAUUCAAUAGAUUGAUCCAUAGAUCACUUAAUCCAAAUAAAUCAUUGUAGUGUUUAUGGAUUGAAUAAUUUAGAUAUCCUUUCAAAAGAUAAAAAUUAAAGAAGAGAAUAAAAAAAAUCUCAAAAUCAAAUUCUUAAAUAAAAAAUAAUCUCUAAAAUGAAGAAAUUGCAGAUUAGUAAAUUUUAUUUGUGUAACAACUAAUUAAAAAUGAUCAGCUUCAAUGA